AAAAAAAAAGGGUUUCGCGUGAAAGAUCCCAUUUUCCCUUCUCUCUUCGAAAUCUAGGGUUUCUCCGUCUCUGAGGCGAUUUCGUGUCGGAGUCCAGAGCCGGAGAUUUUCUCGAUCAAUUCGUCGUCGGAGUCACUCGUAAACGCUCUCAGAUGGAUCCCGAAGCAGAGAUAAGAGACACAAAGAGAAGAAAGGAGCACAUCGAUAUGCUUUCAUACGUGUGUGAUUCAGAACACGGGAUUCCGACGAGGUGUCCCUGUGGUGGGAGUAUAAUUCACGAGGUUCGUGGGAAGGAGGAAUACGACACUCUCCCCGGCAAGCGUUUCUUCACCUGCAUAAACUACGAGGCUGAUGGUUUUCAUUAUCGUCAGCCUUGGGUCAUUGGUGUGCAGGAGCAUAUCGAACGGCUCACAAGUCGUGUGGAGGAGGUGGAGGCGGUGAUCAAGUGGCUGCCGGAGGUGAAUAAUAAGAUUAAGAGUCUGGAGGCAGAGGUAAAAGCCCUCACUGUGGAGGUUGAUAGGCUCACUGGGAAGGUUUAUAACCUGACCGUGCAGGUGGAUCACUUGGAGAAAUGCUGCUUCGACUGAAAACACAAAGGUAACCACACUAUCCCUAGAGUUGUUGCCUAAUGAAUUUGAACUUGAACUAGAGUAGGUUAGAGUAGUAGUAGAAUUUAAACUUGAACUGAACCAGAACUGAAGUAGUUGUGUAGUUAAGUUAAGUGUAAUCAAUUUUUGAAUGGUCUGUGUGAACUUGAAUUUAAACUUCAACUGAACCAGAACUAAAUUUAAACUUGAAAUAAUUAAUUUGAAAACCUGAUUUGAUGUUUAUUGAAUGGUCUGUGUGAAGUAGUUGUGUAGUUAAGUUAAGUGUAAUCAAUUUUUGGUGGUUAGAAGGUGUUUACUUCCUUGUACUUUCAAACCCAAAAGUAGUUUAAAAACCUAGCUAAUCGACAUCUUAAAACAGAAACGAAAACUUAAAAACUUCAAUACUCAACCAAAAUGGAUCCUUUUCCCCUAAACUCUCCCGGCUUUGUUAACCUGCUUACUUCCCAGACCACUCAGCCAAUAGAAAUAGGAUCUUCUGAGGUUCCUAAACCUCCGGAAAGGAGGAAGUGGACAACCAAAGAAGAUUUGGUGUUGAUCAGUGCUUGGUUGAACACCAGCAAGGAUCCAAUAACCAGUAAUGAGCAGAAGCUAGGAGCAUUUUGGAAGAGAAUAGAGGAGUACCUGAAUGCUAGCCCUCUGCUCGUUGGCUCUAUUCCUAGGGAGUGGAGUCAAUGUAAGCAGAGGUGGGGAAGGGUUAAUGAGCAGGUGUGUAAGUUCGUGGGAUGUCAUGAAGCUGCUCUGAAGGAGCAGGCGAGUGGACAUAAUGAGAAUGAUGUCAUGAAGGUGGCUCAUGACAUCUUCUUUAAUGACUACAAAGCCAAGUUCAUUCUUGAACAUUGUUGGAGGGAGCUUCGGUUUGAUCAAAAAUGGAGAUCACACAGUCUGACAUCAAAUGGUGCAAAGGAGAAAAGGAAGGAAACUGCGGAUGAGGUGGGUCGCGAGGAAAAUGUUAGACCUCCCGGAGUCAAGGCUAGCAAAGCAGCAAAACGCAAGAAGCAUGGCAAUGAAGCAGCGUUUGAUCAGAUCGAAACCAUUCUAGCAGCCAAGAAUAUGUUAUCCAAACAGAAAAUACUUGAUAGGUUGCUAGGAAAAAACGCUGAUACACUUACAGAUCAAGAGCUUGCUCUAAAAAACAAACUCAUAUCUGAAUUGCUUUAAGUUGGUGAGUGGUUAUUUAUUUUUUGAAAUUUAUAGUAGGUUGCUAGGAAAUGCAGUGUAUGAUGUUUGUGUUUAAAUCUUUUCCUUGAUGUAUAUUGAUAUUGUAACUGUUGUGCUUUGUAGGACACGGGUUCAAGGAGGAGGAUGCGUGGAUGGUUGCAGGUCUCUGUUUCUUUAUGUAUCAAAUCAAGUCACGGGUGGUAAUGUAGUAGUAGGUGGUUGUAGUGGUAGGUUAUGUAAGAUGGAAUCACGGGAGAGUGUAGUGUUUUUCAACUUUCUACACUCGUUUUAUGUAUCAAAUCAAGGGUAUGUCCCCACGGCUUUGCUUUUGUACUCACGGGUGUAUGUACCCACAUGCUACUUGCUUCAAUGUUUUUCUAUAUAAAUGACUAUGUGUUUCAUUCUAUUUAUCUCAUUCAUGCAUUUUAUCAAAACUAUCUUACCAUCAGCCAUACUUUUAUCUAAACUAUCUCACCAUCUCGUAAUCUCACCAACCAACACCACUACGAGAAUCACCAACCAACACCACGAGAAUCACAACAACAAUCAAACAAGAAUCACCAAUCAACACAAGGAAUCAACUCUACUACUCCUCAACCCCACGGAUCAUCUCUACCAUUCAACAGAGGUAAGUUGAAAACCAAAAAUUCUAAGUAAUGAACACAUCCUUAAAUAAUGAAAUUCUAAAUUCUAUAUUAUCAGAUUUAAAACCAAAAAAAGGUUUAUAAUGUUAAAACCAAAAUAAUAUUAAAAAAAAAACUAAGGUUAAAACCCAAAAUAAAAUU